UAAAUUGAACCCUCUUGUUCAAUUUUUACUUCCUCUUCCUCUUCCUUUCUUCCUGCUUCUGCAUUCUCGACUUUCCUCUCAGAUGAACCUUCAUGUUUUACAUUAAUGUCUCCAGUCCUGAGUGAGAUCCUUCGUUCCGGGUUUAUGAUAAAUUCUUCCCUAAGACGCAGGACCCACUUAGUUCAAUCUUUCUCAGUUCUCUUCCUCUAUUGGUUCUAUGUUUUCUCAUAAUUAACCCUAACACCACCUUCUCUUUCAUCACCAAUAUUAACAAUCUUUUUCCCUUUCUUUUCAUCCCUUUCAAUGGCCUCAUCCACCGGAAUCUCUACCACUUCACCCUCUCAGGACGAUCUCCACCUUCUCAUGGAACAAAGAAGAAAGAAGAGAAAGCAGUCCAACCGUGACUCCGCCAGAAGAUCAAGGAUGCGAAAGCAGAAGCACUUCGAUGAUCUAACUGCACAGCUCAAGCUUCUUCAGAAGGAAAAUGACCUUAUCCUCAACCAACUCAACGUCACCACCCAACACUAUCUCAAGCUCCACGCUCACAACUCCAUCCUCACAGCCCAGAAGACUGAACUCGCUCAAACCCUCCACUCCUUCAAUCACAUCAUCAAACUCAUCAACGCAACAAACCAUUAUUAUCAUCACCAUAACGAUAACAAAGCCAAUAAUAAUUUCAUCACUCCCAUGCACACGUCCUUCCUUAAUCACCCCAUUGUCGCCACUGCAGACAACAUCUGUCUGUGGUGAACACUCUCAGAAAUUAAGGUUCUUCUCUUUUGUUGUGUCAGGGUUGUUCUGGGGUGAUAUAUUAUUAUAUUAUAUUAUCAGAGUGUCGGAACGUGCUUCCUACAUACAGUGGCAUUGGCAUAGUUCUGCUGUUAUGGGUUUGCUUUUUAUAAAUGUAAAAAUGGUACCAAAAAGGUGUUUCUCUUAGUUGUUUUCAGAUUGUUAACGUUCUCGGCUGCCUUUUCAUUAAACUAAAGUGAUAAAGUGAUGGAUGCAGCAUGUGUCUGAAUAGCACCCAUUAAAGUGCAAAAUUAAUUA